AUGUUGGAGCCAGAGCCAGCAGUUGGCAUUGCCUUGAGGUUUAUGUUCCCGAAUGGACUGUCGAUCAACAGAAUUUUCAUCUCUGAUGUUUCACAUCAGGACGUGUAUCGCUUUGUGGGGUGUCAGGAAAGUACCCCAAGACAUUUCAUUUUGAAAUAUCAUUCGAGUGGGGGAAUUAGAGAACUUGACGGAUCAAGUACCAUAGAUGGAAACCUCCGUUUAUUUGUGCACCCUGUUGCUAGUGCUCGAGUACUCCGUUCGCAGCCUCCGAGUACCAGUGCCACAUUCUCUGCUGACCAUGCAUAUGCUGCCUCUCCUUUCAUUCCCAGUACUCCACUGCCUGAAGAUUCAGAAGUUAUUGCCUUACCUGCAAUGGAAAGCUGGUAUGAGGAUGCAGGAACACCCGAGGUCCAAAUCAGGCGACAAAGGCCCCUAGCACAUGGUAGCACUUUGCCAGUGUCCCAAAUGGAAAAUGAUUCCACUCCAUCCUCGUCGCAUACACAAACUCGACAGGAAGUUCAAGACAGGUGAUGCUUUCUCUUUUAAACAGAGGUGAAAAUGUUUUAAACGUUACCUGCUCCCCAACUUAACGCAGUCCCGUGGAUUGGUGAAUUUCUGCCAUGCAUGCAUGUUCACAUUUUCGCAACUUGCAUAGUGCCAAAGUAGAAAAACUAUCGGCUCGCAUCGUAACUUUGUUCACAUUAUGAAUAUGGAGAAGUUGGAAGCUUGCCAGGCUGACCUUCAGCAUUGGUUAAGUCUCCUUCACAUAGACUCUGGCGACGAAGUCGAAGAUCUAUGGAUUGAGGAGAUUCAGGCAGCUGCGAGGGACAGGAAAUGUGUGGCGAUUCAAGGUACAGAGGCAGAUAUAGAGAUGACUGUUGCUGCGAUACACCAUCUCAUUGUUAGGAUAAGCAGUG